AUGGUCAAAAGUACAAGGCCCAGAGGUCAGGAAUGCUUGGAGUCACUAAAAGGUUUAAAUCAAAUUAUCAGAUUUGUUAAAUUGAUCUAAUCUGGCAUAGAGAUAGAGAACAUUCUAUUAUCUAUGGUUUGUGGUGUUCAGUUGACACGCUGCUCUUUGUACGUUUAUAUCCGAUAUCUUUCAUGGAGUAAAAAUAUCAAAAAGCUCAAAUACAUUUUAUACAGAAGGCAUUGUUGCUCUAGGUGUCUUUCGCUGCACUUUACUGUCUAAGCGGUGAUUGGAUGUCUGUAUGUAUGUUGCAACCAGUCGUCAUUGGCCAUGUGUAUGUUUGACUGACAGCUCUGUCCUUUCUCCCUCAGGUGUGUCCUGUGAGGACCAGUUAGAGGUAUGGUGGGUGUGGUUGGCCCUGUAACCAUGGUGACGUCUCUGCUGGAGGUUGUGUCCCUUCCUCCCGUUGGUCUACUGCUGCUCCUCUGCCUGCCACUCUGUCUAUGCCAGCAGUCAUUGGUCAACUUUGAGAGCCCGUCCCCGCCCCCACCAGAGUGUACCAGGAAAGUUCAUCCCAUCGUCCCAUACAAAGGUGAGCACAUAAGGUACUUUGAGCAUUUGCUUGAGUCUGCCUGUUGUGCCAGAUAGUUGGGGUUUGCAUUUUUGAGAGUAUACAAUUGGUUCCACUGCGCCAGGCAACUCAAUCAAGCAUAGCUAAAGUAUUUAAAAGAUUUCCAAUACCAUUUAGUAAAUCUACUCCUUGCAGCAUUCACUAGCAUAAUCAUUCCAAUGAGACGUUUCACAAUGGUCUGCUAUUCACUGCUAUCUCCUCUGAGGAUUCUGCAGCCUCAUCCUUUUCAAUCACGCCUCUGCCCGUAAAGCUAGCUAUAGGGGUCUGGCCCAAGAGAAACCAAAAGGACAGCAACAUUUUGUGAUUGUAGAUAAUUUGACUCCUCUCAUUUCUGGAGCCUUUUCCCUUUUAGAGAGCUAUCUAUUCUUUCUCUCUUACAUCCCAAAAAACUCUCCCUCACUCCUUCCCUCCACAGUCAGCUCUGAGAGAGAGAGAGAGAGAGAGAGAGAGAGAGAGAAUUUCCACUCCAUUUGGAUGUCUGUUAGAACUUGUCUGUCCUUUGCCAGGAUGCGCCCCCUCUCAGGGGUGUAGUUUCUGAGGGGGGGGGGGAUGACUGUCAGAUGGCUCAACUGUCAAUCAUCAGACACUUGGCACACUUCUCACAUAUGCUGGUCCAAUGUGGCUGAGACUGCCAUCACUAUGUACCUCAGGGAAUAGGGCUGUCUGCUAUUGUUGUCUUAAUGGAGGCCGGAUGGCCACCUUUGAUGUGGGUGGGGGCCACAAAAGAUUUGAACUCAUCAUGAGGGGCCGCAGUGGCUCGCAGUUACUUUUGAGGGCCCUAAGUGACAUUUUGUUGUUUGAAAUUUUCUUAAGUUACAUUUUGUUUUCUCCCCAUAUGACUGCGACGAGAAGAAUUUGACAUUUUCGAGUAAUUUCCUGCAAUUCUACAGAUUUUACCAUGGGGUGGAGAUUUUUAAUAUGAUAUCUGAGUAAGAGUGACUAACAAAAUCAAUGGGGGCCCCCGGUCGGUAAUUUGACCAUGAUUACUACAAGUUUAGAUAGCUGGAUAGACUAACUUACCAAUAUAAAAAAUGUUAGCUGACACGGCCUGUCAGUGACUGAUAUAUAUUUUGGGGGUGGAGUUGAUCGCAGGCCUACAAAAGGGGGGCCAACAGUUGCUCAUCCCUGCUGUAGACAAACAUUGAUAUUGACUGAAGCCAUUCAGAUCCAGGUGACAUUGUAUCAAGCAUGCCUGUAUGUUGCUGUACAUUUCCCUAUGAGAAAUGUAAGUAUUCAAUAUAUUUAUACAUUUAAUCUAUCCACUAGAGAAUACAACUGUAGGCACUGCAUGUUUUGACCUGUAUUGUAAUGGUCACUACUACACAAAUGUUGUGUUUGUGAUAACAAGGUCAGACAUUUUGUAAAGAGCUCAAAGCAGCAAUAAUAAGAUCUGCAUUCAGAAGGAUUUACUGCUGCUGUGUUGUGGAUGUUUAUGGUGUGAUACGAAUGCCGUCAGAAGUUGUGUGCCAUUUUUCAUUUUUAAUAUCGCCUUCAUUGAAAGAUCUCAGUGGGACUAACCUUUAUGCAGGAUACAAUUUCUAAUUUUUAACGAGAUAGACGGCAAGUCAUUAUUCCUACCCAGAGGGAGCAUUUAAGGUUAUUUUAUGGACAAAGAACCAGAGGUCUGUUUUAACAGUGUGAGGUUUAAGAUAAUAGUGUCACACCCUGGCUCUGGGACUCUAUAUGUUGAGCCAGGGUGUGUUCAUUCUAUGUGGUUUAUUUCUAUGUUGGGGGUUCUAGUUUGUCGUUUUCUAUGUUUGCCUUAGUGACUCCCAAUCAGAGGCAACGAGUGUCAGCUGUUGGCUGGUUGUCUCUGAUUGGGAGCCAUAUUUAACUGUCUGUUUUUCACUUUGUGUUUGUGGGUUUUUGUUCCGUGUUCGGUCAUUGUCACCGUGGACUUCACGAGUCGUUUCUUGUUUUGUAUUUUGUUUGACACUUUAACUAAUUAAAGUAUGUUCGUUCAACACGCUGCGCAUUGGUCUCUCCCUGACGAUCGUGACAGAAAAACCCACCAUACUAGGACCAAGCAGCGUGUCCAGGAGCAGGCAGACUGGACAUGGGAGGAUCGCCGGCCAUGGAGUGAGACUGACGAGAGGCAACCCCAAAAAAUUUUUAGGGGGGGGCACACGGCAUGGACGACGGGGCUGACGGAGGCAAAAGAGGGGCGGAUUCUGGAGGCCACCAGGUUACGGAUACACCGCCCUGUACGUCCUGUGCGGAUGCCUCACACAGAGUGUGUGAGGGUAGGCAUUCAGCCAGGACGGGUUGUGGCCGCUCUUCACUCCAGGGCUCCUAUCCGUCUCCACAGCCCGGUUCGGCCUGUCCCUGCUCCACGCACCAAGCCUACGGUGUGCGUCGCCAGCCCAGUCCGGCCAGUCCCUGCUCCACGCACCAAGCCUACGGUGUGCGUCGCCAGCCCGGUCCGGCCUGUCCCUGCUCCACGCACCAAGCCUACGGUGUGCGUCGCCAGCCCAGUCCGGCCAAUCCCUGCUCCACGCACCAAGCCUACGGUGUGCGUCGACAGCCCAGCCCGGCCUGUCCCUGCUCCACGCACCAAGCCUACGGGGUGCGUCGCCAGCCCGGCCGGCCUGUCCCUGCUCCACGCACCAAGUCUAAGGUGCGCGUCGCCAGCCCGGCCCGGCCUGUUCCUGCCACUCGCACCAAGUCUACGGUGCGCGUCGCCAGCCCGGCCCGGCCUGUUCCUGCCACUCGCACCAAGUAUACGGUGCGCGUCGCCAGCCCGGCCCGGCCUGUUCCUGCCACUCGCACCAAGUAUACGGUGCGCGUCGCCAGCCCGGCCCGGCCUGUUCCUGCCACUCGCACCAAGCCAGGGGUGCGAGUCAUCAGCCUGGUCCAGCCCGUUCCUGCUACUCGCACCAAGCCAGGGGUGCGAGUCGUCAGUCCGGUGAGGCCCGUUCCUGCUACUCGCACCAAGCCAGGGGUGCGAGUCGUCAGUCCGGUGAGGCCCGUUCCGGCUCCACGCACCAAGACAGGGGUGCGAGUCGUCAGUCCGGUGAGGCCCGUUCCGGCUCCACGCACCAAGCCAGGGGUGCGAGUCGUCAGUCCGGUGAGGCCCGUUCCGGCUCCACGCACCAAGCCAGGGGUGCGAGUCGUCAGUCCGGUGAAGCCCGUUCCGGCUCCACGCACCAGGCUAGGGGUGCGCAUCGUCAGCCCGGUCUGGCCCGUUGCUGCUCCACGCACCAAGCCAGGGGUGCGCAUCGUCAGCCCGGCACAACCCGUGCCUGGGUCAUCGGUGCCAAAUCAGGUACCGCUCAACUGCUCCACAACGGAGCUGAAGCUAGCCGCUCCUGCUACGUCCAGGUCAGCUCCAGCCAGCGGGGCCAGACCGGACCAGGGGCGCUAUGGGGGGUUUAUUGGAGGGUGGUGGGCAAGGCCGGAGCCAGAACCGCCGCCGAGGAGGUAUGCCCACCCAGCCCUCCCCUGUUUUGCUCUUAUUGAGGCGCGGUCGCAGUCCGCGCCUUUAGGGGGGGGUACUGUCACACCCUGGCUCUGGGACUCUAUAUGUUGAGCCAGGGUGUGUUCAUUCUAUGUGGUUUAUUUCUAUGUUGGGGGUUCUAGUUUGUCGUUUUCUAUGUUUGCCUUAGUGACUCCCAAUCAGAGGCAACGAGUGUCAGCUGUUGGCUGGUUGUCUCUGAUUGGGAGCCAUAUUUAACUGUCUGUUUUUCACUUUGUGUUUGUGGGUUUUUGUUCCGUGUUCGGUCAUUGUCACCGUGGACUUCACGAGUCGUUUCUUGUUUUGUAUUUUGUUUGACACUUUAACUAAUUAAAGUAUGUUCGUUCAACACGCUGCGCAUUGGUCUCUCCCUGACGAUCGUGACAAAUAGUGGUUCUGAUUAACAGUCUGUCUGUGUUAGCGGAGUGGUGUGGAGUUUCACGGUUUACAAUACUAUCUCAAUGGCUGCUGCUUUUUUUAUGUUACAGUAUUAUGAUUUUGAAAUACACUUAACAUCACCUGUCCUCUGUAGAAAUGAUCUAUAUAUUAAGCUGUUGCUGAGAUACAGUAUAUUUAAGCAAUAAGGCCCAAGGAGGUGUGGUAUAUGGCCAAUAUACCACGGCUAAGGGAUGUUCUUACGCACAACGCAACUUUGAGUGCCUGGAUACAGCCCUUAGCCGUGGUAUAUUGGCAAUAUACCACAAACCCCAGAGGUGCCUUAUUGCUAUUAUAACAUAAUUAGAGCAGUAAAAUUAAAUGUUUUGUCAUAUCCGUGGUAUAUGGUCUGAUAUACCACAGCUGUCAGCCAAUCAGCAUUCAGGGCUCGAAUCACCCAGUUUAUAUUGAACUUUAUUGCAAGAAUCUAGUGUAGGCUGAUAUCACGUCCUAGCUUGGGUAGCCUGUAGGAGAACGUCAUGCUCGCCUUCUCUGACUUUCCAAUUUGUUUUGAAGUUUUGUCUCUUUAUCUCCUCAAAUUAAAGUCUCCAGUUGGACUCAUCCAGGCUAAACUGUUUAUAUUUGCCCAUCAAGCAGUCUUUCGAUUGGUGCAGAGCCCUGAGCCUUGGCUGUUUUGACUGGGUGUCGGGUUGCAUUAAGAUCAGGACACCAAAACAAACCCUGCCUUUAUUGCUUUGGAUACAUCCUUCCUUCCCCCAAAGACAUCUAUCUGUGCGCCCCCACAAAGACAAUCAUCGAAAAAGAAGAGAAGGAGACCAAAACGAGACCAAAGAAGAGUGCGAGCCUCGACCAUACACCCACCCAGAUAUCGAAGACCAGCUCGAGAAGGUCUCUUCUAUCGCGACUCCGAGUUAUCUCUCUCUCUCUCUCAUCUCUCUCUCUCUCUUCUCGCUCUUCUCCCCCUCCUCUCCUCCUCUCUCUCUCUCUCCCUCUCUCUCUCUCUCUCCUCUCUCUCUUCUCCAUCUAAUGAAGCAGGCUAGCGUUAGCUCAGCCUCUGGUAAGGGUCAGCAUGCAUUUCAGCACAGGGCUCAAGGAAGAGAUUAUCUGCUGGUUGACGGCUUUUGGUUUUGAGCCAUCCGCUCUCACAGUCGCACUGAUCUUGAUGUGAUACAGAUGUGUCAACAUGCUACUGUGUUAGCCUGCUACUGUCAUAAUGGAUAUACAGGAGCUGGUUUGAACUGAUGCCUCAUGAAAAACCAGUAGGUCACACUGUGAAAGGCUCAUCCCUAUAUUCCAGGUAAAGCGUCAGGGGAGAGACAUUUCACACAUCUGUGAAAACCCAGUCAGAGCAAGGCCUGAGCCAGCGACCGUUUGCUGUCGGUUUCCAAACUGACUGGAUGUUCACACUCUUGUUUUACCUCCUCGUACUCCUCCUCCUCUUCCUCCCUUCCUCUUCCUCCUUUCAGCGUUGAGUCCCUGGAUGUCAGGAUUCUCUCGUCCCGGAGUGAAGGACUUUUCCCAGCUGACCCUUGACCUGACCAGAAACCAGCUCAUUGUGGGAGCCAGGUGAGAUACACGCACACGCACAAACCCAAGCAUACACACACACACACACACAGACCACCUAUUUUUAGAUGUACACACACACACACACACACAUCCAACACAACAGACUUUUGCUUGUUUUUUACUAACGUAGAAUAUGCCAUCAUGUUGGUUAGAACUCUGUCUCUUCUAUCUUCAGAAAUCACCUCUUCAGACUGAGUCUCAGUAAUGCUUCUCUCUUACAGGUAAGCAGUUCACAGCUCUCCAUUCUCCCACUAUUAUUUCAUACCACAUUACUUUCAUUCUUCCAAAUGGUAGCUAGGCAACGAUACAGUUUGUUGAAAUGGUAGAAGAGACCAGACACAUCAGAGUAACUGUUGGCCAGUAGGGGCCGUUCCUUAGCCUAGCGGGGGAGCGGGGGGGCAGGAAUGUCAACACUCUGGGGGUUUACUGGGCCAGAUUGGUGUUUACCAGUAACAUCACACAGGAACGGGAUCUACCCAGCUACCUUUACUCUGCCGCCUCACUCUCAAAUUGCACCCCCUCUCUCAAUUCAAAUUCAAUUUCAAUUUAAGGGCUUUAAUGGCAUGGGAAACGCAUGUUAACAUUGCCAAAGCAAGUGAAGUAGAUAGUAAACAAAAGUGAAAUAAACAAUAAAUAUUAACAGUAAACAUUACACUCAGAAGUUCCAAAAGAAUAAAGACAUUUCAAAUGUCAUAUUAUGUAUAUAUACAGUGUUGUAACAAUGUGCAAAUAGUUAAAGUACAAAUGGGAAAAUAAACAUAAAUAUGGGUUGUAUUUACAAUGGUGUUUGUUCUUCACUGGUUGUCCUUUUCUUGUGGCAACAGGUCACACAUCUUGCUGCUGUGAUGGCACACUGUGGUUUUUCACCCAGUAGAUAAGGUAGUUUAUUAAAAUUGGGUUUGUUUUCGAAUUAUUUGUGGAUCUCUGUAAUCUGAGGGAAAUAUGUGUCUCUAAUAUGGUCAUACAUUUGGCAGGAGGUGCAGCUCAGUUUCCACCUCAUUUUGUGGGCAGUGUGCACAUAGCCUGUCUUCUCUUGAGAGCCAGGUCUGCCUACGGCGGCCUUUCUCAAUAGCAAGGCUAUGCUCACUGAGUCUGUACAUAGUCAAGGCUUUCCUUAAGUUUGGGUCAGUCACAGUGGUCAGGUAUUCUGCCACUGUGUACUCUCUGUUUAGUGCCAAAUAGCAUUCUAGUUUGCUCUGUUUUUUUGUUAAUUCUUUCCAAUGUGUCAAGUAAUUCUCUUUUUGUUUUCUCAUGAUUUGGUUGGGUCUAAUUGUGUUGUUGUUGUUGUCCUGGGGCUCUGUGGGGUCUGUUUGUGUUUGUGAACAGAGCCCCAGGACCAGCUUACUUAGGGGACUCUUCUCCAAGUUCAUCUCUCUGUAGGUGAUGGCUUUGUUAUGGAAGGUUUGGGAAUCGCUUCCUUUUAAGUGGUUAUAGAAUUUAACGUCUCUUUUCUGGAUUUUGAUAAUUAGCGGGUAUUGGCCUAAUUCUGCUCUGCAUGCAUUAUUUGGUGUUUUUCGUUGUACACAGAGGAUAUUUUUGCAGAAUUCUGCAUGCAGAGUCUCAAUUUGGUGUUUGUCCCAUUUUGUGAAUUCUUGGUUGGUGAGCGGACCCCAGACCUCACUACCAUAAAGGGCAAUGGGUUCUAUAACUGAUUCAAGUAUUUUUUGCCAGAUCCUAAUUGGUAUGUCAAAUUUUAUGUUCCUUUUGAUGGCAUAGAAGGCCCUUCUUGCCUUGUCUCUCAGAUCGUCCACAGCUUUGUGGAAGUUACCUGUGGCACUGAUGUUUAGGCCGAGGUAUGUAUAGUUUUUUGUGUGCUCUAGGGCAACGGUGUCUAGAUGGAAUUUGUAUUUGUGGUCCUGGCAACUGGACCUUUUUUGGAACACCAUUAUUUUUGUCUUACUGAGAUUUACUGUCAGGGCCCAGGUCUGACAGAAUCUGUGCAGAAUAUCUAGGUGCUGCUGUAGGCCCUCCUUGGUUGGUGACAGAAGCACCAGAUCAUCAGCAAACAGUAGAUAUUUUACUUCAGAUUCUAGUAGGGUGAGGCCGGGUGCUGCAGACUGUUCUAGUGCCCUCGCCAAUUCGGAUAUAUAUAUAUAUAUAUAAAGGGGGUGGUUGUCCCACUGGCUAUCCUAAGUUGAAUGCACCAAUUUGUAAGUCACUCUGGAUAAGAGUGUCUGCUAAAUGACUUAAAUGUAAAUAUGUUGAAGAGGGUGGGGCUUAAACUGCAUCCCUGUCUCACCCCACGGCCCUGUGGAAAGAAAUGUGUAUGUUUUUUGCCAAUUUCAACCGCACACUUGUUGUUUGUGUACAUGGAUUUUAUAAUGUCGUAUGUUUUUCCCCCAACCCCACUUUCCAUCAAUUUGUAUAGCAGACCCUCAUGCCAAAUUGAGUCAAAAGCUUUUUUGAAAUCAACAAAGCAUGAGAAGACUUUGCCUUUGUUUUGGUUUGUUUGUUUGUCAAUUAGGGUGUGCAGGGUGAAUACGUGGUCUGUCGUAUGGUAAUUUGGUAAAAAGCCAAUUUGACAUUUGCUCAGUACAUUGUUUUCACUGAGGAAAUGAACUAGUCUGCUGUUAAUGAUAAUGCAGAGGAUUUUCCCAAGGUUGCUGUCCUUGCGUAUCCCACGGUAGUUAUUGGGGUCAAAUUUGUCUACACUUUUGUGGAUUGGGGUGAUCAGUCCUUGGUUCCAAAUAUUGGGGAAGAUGCCAGAGCUAAGGAUGUUAAAGAGUUUUAUAGCCAAUUGGAAUUUGUGGUCUGUAUAUUUUAUCAUUUCAUUGAGGAUACCAUCAACACCACAGGCUUUAUUGGCAUGGGAAACAUGUGUUUACAUUGCCAAAGCAAGUGAAAUAGUUAGUAUACAAAAGUAAAAUGAACAAUACAAAAAUGAACAGUAAACAUCACACUCACAAAUGUUACAAAAUAAUAAAGACAUUUCAAAUGUCAUAUUUUGUGCAAAUAGUUAAAGUACAAAAGGGAAAAUAAAUAAACAUAAUCUGUCUGUUUAUCUGUCACGCCCUGGCCUUGAGAGACCGGUUUUCUUUAGUUGGUUUGGUCAGGGUGUGAAUUUCUAUGUGUAUGAUCUAGAUAUUCUAGUUCUAUGUUGGCCGGGUGUGGUUCCCAAUCAGAGGCAGCUGUCGAUCGUUGUCUCUGAUUUGGGGAUCAUACUUAGGCAGCCAUGUUGCCUACCUAUGUUGUGGGAUCUUGUUUCUGUGUGUUUGACUUGUUUGAUGUUAGCCUGUAGAAUUUCACGUUGCUUUUGUUCAGUGUUUAUUCUAUAAACGAACAUGUACGCAUACCAUGCUGCACCUUGGUCCAAUCCUGUACUCAACGAACGUGACAUUGUCUGUCUGUCUGUCUGUCUGUCUGUCUGUCUGUCUGUCUGUGUCUUUCUUUCUUUCCCUCCCCUGAUCCCUACUCUGUCAUUGCUAAAUGGAUGUCCAUAGAGCUGUUGAUCAAUUUGAUGUCAGUCAUGAACUUUCAGUCAGAUUUGUCCUGAGGGUCACGUCAUUGCUUUCUUGGGAUAAUACCCAUCAAAUGUCUCCCUAAAAUCAAUCGGAAUAAGCUGUUUUGGAACUGUCACUGUGCUGCAGAAUGCACAAAUGUCUGCCUGUCCAUUCGUCCGUCUGUCUGUCUUGGGGAUUUUAUAAAUAUAUUAUAUCUCUUACAAUGGCUCCUUGAUAUGUCAUUAACUGUAUGAAUUGCUUUUCAUCAGUAUACAACUGAAGGACAUACUGUGAAUAUUACAAAGAACCUCUCUCCUUUAAUGAUAUGAUUGGAGCGUUUUUUCCCUACGAAUUAUGAUCCAUUUGUACCCAUGGAUACAAGGGACUAUGAUUUUAUUUGGAAGUUCAAGGAUGACUACAUAUAACAUAUAUAAUUUAUUACAAGGCUAUUUUACAAUUUCAAUAUACAGAUGUAGGAUCUUAAUUUGAUCACCCUUUUGCAGGAGAACUUGUAGUGUAUUUGAGGUUUAAAAAGGCUUCUGAAGUUUGUAAUUUCCCACUUUGAAAGAGUUAGGUUUAAAAUCUGAUUUUAUGACUUUGUGGCUGUGCCAGCUAGUGACCAAUCAGCAGCGAUGCCUCCAGAACAAGAUUCAUGAUGAAAAACGCUAAUAUGCUACAAAAAUGGGCAUUAAUUAUAAUCCACAUAAUAAUUCAAAUUUCCUGUUGCUGCAGGAUUUUUUUCCUGCUGUAGCAAACUGGCUCAAAUUAAGAUCCUAUAUCUGUACCACUAUCGCCAAAUGUUAAAAUGUUAAACGUGCCUUAAAAAAGUACUGAACUAUGAAAAGGUGUGAAAAAAUGUAGACAGUAUACAUCCAGGUACGUAAGGAGUGUCCUCGAACAAUAAAGCCACUGACUGUCUCAAUAAAAGUCUCAUAUCAUUCAUCAGUGCUACACUGAAUGAACGGACAAGGAGCAGGCUGGGGGAGGGAGGGACAUGUGUGACUUUGGAGGCCCUGGUCGGCCUAUCAGAGCAAGCGAACCAUGAAUGACACCUCUGAGAACCAACUCCUUAAUCGACCACUGCACCAGAGGACACAAUGGCAUUAUGCAAACACAGGGAAGGGUUUUCAGUUUGGUCAUUCAUUCACGCUGAUCUUUAGAAGUAAAUUUGGGAGCUCCGUUGUCAGGGGUGACUGAGGGAAAGACUUGGUGGGAGUGGGAGUGAGUUUAGCAGUGAGCUUUCACGAGGCUGAGGCUGGUUUCAGUGGCUCCAUAGUAAAGCACAGUGAAAGGCUACAGUAGACUGUAAGGUGUGUCAGUGGAAGGACUCCUCUUCAGUUUGAGGGUCUGACAGAUAUAUUGGUUUUAUAGGAAAUAGGAAAUAGUUUGUGCAGGCCAGCAUUGUAAUGGUAGGACACACACCGAUUUAUUUAUCAGCUAUUUUAGUUAAAUUAAAUUGCAGUCUUGGGCAAUUUUGGGCCUUCAGAUGUGCACAAAAUUGUAUUUACUACGUUUGUUUACACUGAUAUUUAUGGUGUAAACAAACCUUGAUUUUGCAGUUUCAGACAGUUUACCAGAACUAUAAUAACAUUUGUCCCCAAGAAAUGAGGUGCUGCUCUAUUGAAAAUUCUGAUUCUGCUUUUCAAUCACUCAGCUUUCUUCACCACAAUGAAAUUGUAUGAACAGAGAUUACAGUUGAAUCAUAUACUAUUCUUAUGCCAGAUUACUCAGACAUUUGUCACUUACUGAACCCAAAACACUAUUCUGCAACGUUCCUAGAAAGUUAUAUGCAAAAUAACCAUAGGGGAACCACGUGCAAAUGUUGUUAGAACAUUUUGUGCUAGCUGGAUGACGUGUUUUUGUUUUGCCCUGUGGUCAAGAUCCAAUGGUUGUAGCCAUGGUGAUUAGACUGGCGUGAUUGAGUUGGUGGGAGUAGCCAUGGUGAUUAGACACUUGUGAUUGAGUUGGGGGGAGUAGCCAUGGUGAUUAGACUGGUGUGAUUGAGUUGGGGGGAGUAGCCAUGGUGAUUAGACACUUGUGAUUGAGUUGGGGGGAGUAGCCAUGGUGAUUAGACACUGGUGAUUGAGUAGGGGGGAGUAGCCAUGGUGAUUAGACUGGAGUGAUUGAGUUGGGGGGAGUAGCCAUGGUGAUUAGACUGGAGUGAUUGAGUGGGGGGAGUAGCCAUGGUGAUUAGACUGGAGUGAUUGAGAUGGGGGAAUCAGUGUAGCUCAGUUGGUAGAGCAUGGCGCUUGCAACGCCAGGGUUGUGGGUUCGAUUCCCACGGGGGGCCAGUAUGAAAAAUGUAUGCACUCACUAACUGUAAGUCGCUCUGGAUAAGAGCGUCUGCUAAAUGACUAAAAUGUCAAAUGUAAAUGUAACGUCAUAUGUCUUGCAUUAGCUGUGCAAGUGUGCAAACAACAAUUCAUAGUUAACAGUAUACAUGCAUUAUACACUACAUUGCCAAAAGUAUGUGGACACCUGCUCGUCAAACAUCUCAUUCCAAAAUCAUGGACAUUAAUAUGGAGUUGGUCCCCCCCCCUUUGCUGCUAUAACAGCCUACACUUUUCUGGGAAGGCUUUCCACUAGAUGUUGGAACAUUGCUGUGGGGACUUGCUUCCAUUCAGCCACAAGAGCAUUAGGGAGGUCAGGCACUGAUGUUGGGCAAUUAGGCCUGGCUCGCAGUCGGCGUUCCAAUUCAUCCCAAAGGUGUUUGAUGGGGUUGAGGUCAGGGCUCCGUGCAGGCCAGUCAAGUUCUUCCACACCGAUCUCAACAAACCAUUUCUGUAUGGACCUCGCUUUGUGCACAGGGCAUUGUCAUGCUGAAACAGGCUUUCACCAAACUGUUGCCACAAAGUUGGAAGCACAGAAUCGUCUAGAAUGUCAUUGAAUGCUGUAGCGUUAAGAUUUUCCUGCACUGGAACUAAGGGGCCUAGCCCGAACCAUGAAAAACAGCCUCAGAACAUUAUUCCUACUCCACCAAACUUUACAGUUGGCAUAAUGCAUUCAGGUAGGUAGCGUUCUCCUGGCAUCUGCCAAACCCAGAUUUGUCCGUCAGACUGCCAGAUGGAAGCGUGAUUCAUCACUCCAGAGAACGCGUUUCCACUGCUGCAGAGUCCAAUGGCGGCGUGCGCAUGGUGAUCUUAAGCUUGUGUGCGGCUGCUCGGCCAUGGACGCCCAUUUGAUGAAGCUCCCGACAAAUAGUUAUUGUGCUGACGUUGCUUCCAGAGGCAGUUUGUCUAUGGAGAUUGCAUGGCUGUGUGCUCAAUUUUAUACACCUGUCAUCAACGGGUGUGGCUGAAAUAGCCGAAUCCACUAAUUUGAAGGGGUGUCCACAUACAUUUGGCCAGUGUAUGUAUAAUAGUAUAUACAGUACAUAUCCCAUACUAAGUCUGAUUUAGCAAGGAUCCAAUCUACACAUUCUGUCCACGUUAUUGUGCACACGUUUAUGUCAUCUUUCUGCGUCAUUUUCUUCUCUAGGCAGUAGAAUGGGGACCAGAUGACGACACCAAGCGGUCGUGUCAGAGCAAAGGAAAGACAGAGGUAUUGUAGCUGUCUGGCAGUUCUGGAAUAUUUACAUAGAGAAAGACAGACAACUGGUAGAGUUCUACAUUAAAGGGGCUGCCCUCACAAUAUAUAUUUAUAUAGAGAAAGACAGACGUAUGGUAGAGUUCUACAUUAAAGAGGAUGCCCUCACAAGAGAUAUUUAGAUAGGGGGCCAGUAACUUCAAUGAAGUGUAAUAGAAGCUGUAAUACCCUAGUACAGGAAUAAAUUAACAUAGACCAUUGUAUGGUGUGUUAUGACAUCUUUGACCUUUGACCUCCUGUGUUCCCGUCCCCACAGGAUGAGUGUCAGAACUACAUCCGGGUCCUGCUCAUCACUGGGAGGCGGAUCUUCACCUGUGGAACCAACGCCUUUACCCCCGUCUGCACCACCCGACAGGUGAGAGAGAUAGGGAGAGGGGGAUGAGAGAGGAGUAACAGAGGAGAGGGGGAUGAGAGAGGAGUAACAGAGGAAUAAGGGAAGGAGAAGGGGAUGAGAGAGGGGAGAGGUAAGGAUGAGAUAGGAGAGUGGGGAUUGAGAAGGAGUAACAGAGGAUAGAAGACGAGAGGGGGAUGAGAGAUGAGUAACCUGGAGAGGAGAGGUGGGGGUUGUGGUGAGGAGUAACAGAGGAGGGAGAGGGGGAUGAGAGAGGAGUAACAGAGGGGGAGAGGGAGAGGGGGGGGGGGGGGGAGGGAGGGGGUGAGAGAGAGUAACAGAGGAGGGAGAGGGAGAUGAGAGAGGAGUAACAGAGGAGGGAGAGGGAGAUGAGAAGGAGGAGGGGAGGGGGAUGAGGGGAGUCAGAGGAGGGAGAGACGAGAGGGUAACAGAGGAGAGGAGAGGGGGGAUUGAGGAGAGAGAGUAACAGAGGUGGAGGUGAGAGGGAUUGAGAGAGAGUAACAGAAGGUAAGAGGGGAUGAGAGAGGAGUAACAGAGGAGGGAGAGAUGAGGAGGAUAUAGUAACAGAGGAGGGAUAGUGUGUAUUAUAGGUAGUAACAGAAAAAGCAGGUAUCACUCUCUCCUCUCUGACAUGGCUGUGUUUGAGAGCAUCAAUCCUUCUCAGUCACUGAUCACCGACUGA